GCGGCCAUGGCGAGCUUCAAGGUCAUGGAGGUGCUCAACAAGGCGAACCUCCUCGAGGCGUCGGGCGCGUCGAUCAUGCACAUGGAGGUGGGCCAGCCGUCGUCGCCCGCGCCGCCGUCGGCGCGGCGCGCCGCCGAGGCCGAGCUCGCCGUCGACGCGGCCAUGGGCUACACGUCCGCGAAUGGCCUGCCGGAGCUGAAAAACCGCAUCGCGCGAUGGUACGCGGACCGCCACGGGUCGGCCGUCGACCCGGAGCGCGUCGUCGUCACGACGGGCUCCUCGGCGGGCUUCGUCCUGAGCUUCAUGGCCCUCUGGGACGCCGGCGACAAGGUCGGCGUGCCGAGCACCGCGUACCCGUGCUACAGGAACGUGCUCCGGUCGCUCGGCUGCGAGGCCGUGCCCCUCGCCGGCGACGCGGGCGACCCGCGGAGCGGCUUCGAGUUCCCGACGCCGGCCCAGGUCGAGGCGGCGGCGGCGGGCGACGGCAUCGCGGGCCUCAUCCUGUCGUCGCCGAGCAACCCGACGGGCGCCGCGCUGAGCGCGGCGGAGCUCUCCGCGCUCGCCGCGACCUGCGACGGCGCGGGCGUGCGCUUCAUCUCCGACGAGAUCUACCACCACAUCGCCUACGGCGCCGAGCCGUCGCCGUCGGCCGUCGACCUGCCCGGCGCCGUCGUCGUGAACAGCUUCUCCAAGUUCUUCUCGAUGACGGGCUGGCGCGUCGGCUGGCUCGUGCUCCCCGCCGGCGACGCGGAGCUCGCCGGCGCCGUCGCGCGCCUCCAGCAGAACCUCUUCAUCAACGCGCCGACGGUGUCGCAGAUCGCCGCAACCGCCGCGUUCGACGACGUCGACGACGCGCUCGACGGCCACGUCCGGCGCUACGCGGCGAACCGAAACGUCGUCCUCGGCGCGCUCGAGCGCAUGGGCGUCGACGCGGCCCACGUCGCGCCCGCCGCGGGCGCGUUCUACGUCUACGCCGACCUCGGCGCCUACGGCGUCGCCGACUCCGUCGACCUCUGCAACCGCCUCCUCGACGACGAGGGCGUCGCCAUCACGCCGGGCGUCGACUUCGAGUUCGAGGAGGCCAUCGGCAAGCGCCGCGUCCGCAUCUCCUACUGUGGCGCGACGCCGGACGUCGAGGAGGCCAUGGCGCGCCUCGCGCGCUGG